CUCCAACAAGUUCGACACGUCAAACGCGGAACCGAGUAUCAACCAUCUCAACGCAAGCGAAAGCGCAAGCACGGGUUUCUCGCUCGGAGACGAUCCCCCACAGGCCGGAAGAUUCUCGUAAGGCGACGUGCAAAGGGGAGGAAAUACUUGAGCCAUUGA